AUGGACAAGCCCGGAGACGAGCUGACCUUUCUGAAGAGAACUCAUAUCCUGAAGGAUAACAUGAUGCUGAUUCAACCACAUCCCAAGCACUUCGCACAGCUCUACGAGAUUGUGGGCAUCACUGGCAAGCACACCAAGAAGUUUGCAGGACAUGCGGAAAUGGAUGCGCCACACAACUCCAAAGAGUUGGACUCUGACCAGGCAACGCAGUUCAGACGAGUGUUCACAGAUGCCGAUUGGGCAUCAUCUCGAGAGAACAGACGAAGCAUCAGUUCUGUUUGUCUGAUGUUUGGAGGAGCCCUGUUGCACUCGUGCUCCAGAACGCAAAAGAUAGUAGCUUUGAGCUCUGCUGAGAGUGAACUCUACGCAGCGUCCUCGGGAGCUUGCGAUGGAUGUCUGAUUGAGAAGAUUUUGGAAUGGAUUCUGAAAGUCCCCAAGGUGAGGAUGAUCCUGUAUAUGGAUUCCUCCGCGGCCCGAGCUGUGAUUGCUCGGAAAGGGGUCGGAAAGAUUCGGCGCCUCAGCUGCCGAGUACUUUGGCUUCAACAACACCUUUCCACAGGCCAGAUGGAGGUGGCGCCUGUGCCUGGACCCAAGAAUCCUGCAGAUCUAGGCGCCAAGAGAUUGAGCCACAAACGGCUGGUAAGCCUGAUGAGAAUGAUUGGCUUCUACGACAUGGACAACGACCAUUUGUUGACCGAUGACACCAUACUCCGCGAGGAAGCGCGGCAGUUGAACCAAAGCGCAGUCCGCGCAUUGAACGCCUUGAGCCUACUCAGUGGCAUGGCGCUCCAAGGGUGUCAAGAUGGAGGACAAUGUGAAGAUGGCAAUGGAAGCAGCAAUAACUUUAUGUGGGAAACGUGGAGGAUUACACUCUUCCAGAUGGGCAUUGCAAUGCUUGGCAUCAUCGGGAUGAUCCUCUACAAGAAGUUCAUUCGUCGUGGACAACUUGCAGAAGAAGCUUUUCAUGAAGCUCUACUUGAAGAACAAAGCCGACGUGAAGAAGUUCCACAACUUCAUCGAGAACCUCAUGAACCAGAAGAACACGGACUACCUCACCGAUACCCUCAAGAUGAAGAACCGUAUCCUCACGACUGUGAUGACAUGGAAGUCGAUGAAGAGCCCUUCAACGUGUUUGGUGUCAACGCAGCCAGUAGACCUGCACCUAGCAGCUUCGCACCAAGGCCUACAAGUGCGCAAACCCUUCAUGGUGAUGAAGAACUUGCAGAGGAGGAUAACCUCACAGAAGACGACAAUGACAGUAUGAGCGUUGACACGGAGCAGAUCCUGGACUUUGGUGAGCGCGAAGAUGACUUCAUCAACCUCACUGAGGAAGAGUACGACAGCUACAGGACAAGACUUCUUGUGGAAGUCCGUGGCGUCGAGCAAUACCUGAUGAAGCUCAACCGGAAAGUGAGAAGGGAGAUGGAAGACCUUGAUCCCAGGAACGUUUUCUAUGAGGACAUCAGGAGUCAGAUGGUAAGUGGCCUCAGGGAGAUCAUGGCGAUGCAAAGAGAUGUCAUGAACGAAGGCCAAGCAACAUGUGCCCGUGUGAUUCGCUUCUUGCACGCCAGGCACCGCUACAUCCAUAACCGCCCACCUGGUGACAGUGAUGCAAGCAUGGAUCAAACCUCUGACCCAGAAGGCUACGCAGCAGUCACCUACGGAUGGGCAAGCGACAACACUCCAUCAAGCUGUGAGGAACACGCCAUGGAGAUCACUCCUACUGGAGCGAGUGGUGCAGCUGAUGGAAGCUGA